CAGUUGGCAGUCUAAAGCUAAAUAACAUAAUUAUAGACGGUAAAUUCGAAUUAAACUAUUAAACAAAUCUGAAAAAAAACGAAAAUGUGUGCAACAUCAUGUACAAUAGAAUUUGAAAAUAAUACCGAGUGCUAUCGACCCGGUGAAGUUAUCAAAGGUCUAGUGAUUUUAAAUAUAAAUGGCAGCAGUACUAUACUAAUCAAAGCUUUGUCACUACAAUUUUCGGGUUUUGCGUACACCAAAUGGGAAAAACCACAAAAAGUUAACAAGUCGGGUAAACCGAAACCUACAAUAUACAUAGAAAAUAGAGAAGACUAUGUGUCCACUACAAAUUAUUUGAUUGGUUCGGAAAUGGCUAAUCCAAAGCAUUUGGAACCUGGGAAAUAUAGCUACAACUUUAUGGUAAACAUACCACAAAAUGUACCCUCCACAUUUGACAGUCCCUUGGGUUACAUACGUUAUGAGUUAAUAGUUAAUGCUGACUAUGGUGGUCAUAUAGUUUCACUUUACAACUCAGCCAUACAUAUAGAACAAUGGAAGGAUUUAAGACUGCUGGAUCCGUCAGUGCAAUUGCCCGAAGAAAAAGAGCAACUGGAACACAAGUCGUGUCUAAAAUUCUGGCAAAAACCCCUACAACUCUAUGUCAGUGUACCCCAAAAAGCUUUUAUAGCUGGUGAAUGCAUCUCAGUACAUAUUAAGCUAACAAAUCUGGCGAAAUUGAAACUAGACACUAUAACCAGUAAUUUAAAUCGUAUUGCCGCCUACAAAGGUUUCAUCAAAGACAAGACACCUCAAACAACCAACGAAAUCACAACAAUUGCCUCAAAUAUUCACCGUUUGUUUGGACAAAACUCAAAUGUCAUACAACAUUUACAGCAAAUUUUCAUACCGAAAGUUCCGCCCACUAUGGCAUUUGAUGAAUGCAAGUGUAUAGGCGUGUCCUAUGAACUGGAGGUUUUGGUGACAUGUCAAAAUAAAAGAAGAUGGGUUAGAGCGUCAAUACCCAUUUUAAUGGGAACUAUAUCGUUGAAAAGUGAUUUGAAAAUUAUACCUAUGAAUUUCGCCAACAAUAAUGUGGCCUCCAUAACAGUUGGCAGAUCAAUGGAUGAGCUGACUUUACCUUCGUCCAUGGAUUUGCAACCGAAUAUGGUGGAAAUGCAAACGACUCAAUUGAGUGCAUCGAUGGGUUCGUUGGGAUCCUCCUUCCAAGAAGCCGAAUUUAUGACAGGUGUUCAGUUAAAUAAAAAAUCUAGACAUCAAAUUGCCGGAGAUUUAAGUGAUUUCAAACCCAAAUAUUUAUACUACGAUUUGCCAGAGCAAUUACAACAGAAUCUACAAGAUGAUGUGGCCACUACUAGUCAACCAACUACCAGUCAACACAAUGAAUAUACGGAAAAGAUUGAAAUGUUAUAAAAGUCAACAUAUUGUUGUUAAAGAUAAUAAAAAUUGUAUUUAUUUAU